UCGUGUACUGCAUGUCUUAUGAAGCAUUAUACAGAUUCGUUCUGAGGUUUUGUGCACAUAAUAAUAGCAUUUGCUUAUAUAUCCUGAUUUUUUAGUAAGUAAAAUUGCUGCAUCCCUUGGAAUGGAGCGAAGUAUUCAUGAAAUGUUGAAAGAUGCACCACCUAUAAGUGAAAAUGAUAAUGCUGUUCACAGUGGGACACCCCCUCCUCAUGUACCAAACAAUUGCACUAACGACACUCAAGCUAGACCUGCCACAAUCAAUUUAACAUUGGGUAGCCCGACAUCACAAAUGUCUGUGACAGUAUCUCCAAAUACACCUAUUCAGAAUGGUGAUACUCAGACAAUGCGUACUGCUCAAAGUAAGAUUGAAAGCAUUAAAAAUUGGAGUAUUUCUACAUAUAAAUGUACUAGACAGCUAAUGUAUGAAAAACUUGGUAAAACAUCUCGUACAGUAGAUUCAGAACUUGAAACACAGAUUGAAUUAUUAAGAGAUACCCAAAGAAAGUACUGUAACGUGUUACGAUUAUCCAGAGCAUUAGCUUCUCAUUUUCAUCAUGUUGUACAAACACAACAUGCUCUUGGUGAAACAUUUUCUGAAUUAGCACAGAAAUCCCCAGAGUUACAAGAAGAAUUUCUUUACAAUUCCGAAACUCAAAGGAAUUUAACUAAAAAUGGUGAAACAUUACUAGGGGCCUUAAACUUUUUCGUUUCAUCUGUAAACACACUUUGUAAUAAGACUAUUGAAGACACUUUGCUAACGGUUCGACAGUAUGAAACUGCAAGAAUAGAAUAUGAUGCCUACAGAACAGAUCUUGAAGUAUUAGCGCAAGCUACAAAAUCUGAUGGUAGUAAUGCAGCAAGAUUAGAAGAAGCACAGACUAAUUAUGAAGAACAUAAACAGAACUUUGAAAAGCUACGAUCGGAUGUCUCGAUUAAACUUAAAUUCUUAGAUGAAAACAGGAUCAAAGUGAUGCACAAACAGUUAUUGUUGUUCCACAAUGCAGUGUCUGCCUAUUUCUCUGGAAAUCAAACUGCAUUGGAAGCAACACUGAAGCAAUUUAACAUAAAAGUUAAAUCACCGAAUUCGUCUUUACCAUCAUGGCUCGAGCAGUAGUUACACUAGAGUGAAUAGAUGCGAAUAUUUUGGAGAAUAUGAAAAAAGAUGCAUUCGUCCAUACAAACGUUUCCUCGAACAACGGAAAAAAUGUAAAGGUAGAACAUCUUUCGGAUUCUUGAAAAUGUGUUAGGAGACAUUGUUGUCGAGAUAUCUAUCGAUUUAAGUGGUUUCUGGAACGAGAGUACAUUAUAACGCAAAACCAGACUGAAUUUUUUUCCGAAUUAUGUUUUAAGUAUUGGUCAGUAUCAUAGAUAUAUGGCACUAUAAAUUAGUAAAUUUCAAUGAUAUAAUUAGCACUUAUGUGGAACAUUUAAUGGCAAUUAAAAAUAUGUCUGUUGAAGAA